AUGGCUGGCGGCGUGCCGCUGGCCAAGGGUGCGGUGCGGCAGGGCCGGACGUGCACGUCCUGCGUCAGCAAGAGAGGGCGAGCGGUCGUCAACUGGGGGACGGCGCUCAAGUGCCAGGGCUGCAGGCUGCCCAAGGCCACGUGCUUCGGGGCGAACGUUCCGCUCCCCGCGGCGGCCGAGUCGAAGUCGAAGUCGGGUGCGACGCCUGGCGGCGGCAGCGGCAAUGCCCCUCCCUGGGCUGGUCAGCCGCCCUCGGUGCAGCUGGCCCAGGCGCAGCGCGAGCUCGCGGACCUCAAGAAACAGUUCAAGGCCAGUGGGCCAGCCAGCGCUGGCGGGCCGUUCGGCGGGGCGCAGGCCAUGGAGGUCGACGACGGCGAGAGCGCUGGAGCUGGCGACGCGGCGGUGCUCGCCGAGGUCCACAUGUGCGAGUCGGGCCUGUGCGCCAUGAAGGACCAGACGGCGGACUGGGCCACGGCGCCGCGGGAGGAGCUUCGCGCCAGGCUGGAGAAGGCCAAGGCGCGGCUCUUCGCCAGCAAGCCGCUCCACGCGCGGACGCAUGCCGUCGCCAACGAGGCCAAGCAGUGCGCCGAGCGCCUGGAGAAGGCGGAGGGCAACAAGCGUAAGGCGCGGGAGGCCUUGCGGCGGGCUGUGGAGGAGGUGGAACGCGCGGAGAAGGUGCGCGCCGACCUCCUGGAGCAGCGGGCGGCGCUGCAGGCCGAGCUGGCGCAGCUGCAGCAGCAGGCGCACCAGGCUCCACCGCCGCGGGCUGCGGGCCAAGCCAUGGCGCAGGACGUCAUCGGCGGGCUCGGCAUCACGGUGGGCGAGCUGGAGACCAUCGUGCUGCAGCAGCUCUCGGCCCACUCGGACGAGGAGCAGCCUAUGCCAGCGGAGGACCUCGCCAGCACCGCAGGGGCGGUGCGUGAGGGCGCAGAGCGGGACGGGCAGUCCCAGCCAGCGCCCGAGGCAGCAGCGCCUGGAGGUGGCAGCAGCACGGCCGUCGCAGAGCGCUGGCAGCCUGAGGAGGAGUCGGUGGAGCAGCUCCAGCAGCAGCUGCGGAAGCACGACCUGGAGCUCGAUGCGGGGGCUUCCAGCCUUACUCGGAUCCUGCUGUUCCCCAGCGCGUGGUUUGGCGCCAUGUCGAAGAGCAGCAUCAUUGCGGCGAACGUGACGGCGGGGGGGUCCCUGACGCCGUGCGUUGAGGGCAUCUGCGAGCGGGCAGAGGCCGUGGUCGUCCUGGUCCAGGAGCACCGCGCCAGGGGCCGCGACAGGCUGGCCGCCUUGCAAAUGCCGUGCUGGACUAUGGGUACGCGGGGCUUUGGGCGCCAGCAGUCCAGGGGCCCCGCGGCGAGGCAGGCACCUCUGGCGGGGAUGGCGGUGCUGGCGCGCUCGCACAUCACAGUCACCAGCCCGCCUUUCCUGGAGAGCCCCGUGCUGCUGGCCGCGCGUCUGGUGGCCGCCCAUGUGCACUGGGGCGUGGCGGGCGGGUUCGUCGCCGUCUCUGCGUACUUCCACGACGGUGUGGAGUGGAAAGCGGACAACCAGCGCAAGGCGCAGGUCGUGGAGGCGUUGACCGACGCGGGGUGCGCUGGUGGUGAUCGCGCCGUGUCCUGGGCAGGGCGGAGGCAGGGCGGCGCCGCGGGCGUUGCCGCGCGGCUGCGGCGGCGCGGCGUCCGCGUGGCGCGGUCGCCGCCCAGGGCGGCCCUGCCGCAGCGGCCGCCGCGGCCGCUGGCCCUGGGGCGCAGGCUGGACCGCUGGGGGCGGUGGUGGAUCGAGCCGUUGCUCGACGCCGACGGUGCGGCCAGCGACUGGCUCGACCACUGCGUCCCGUGUGCGGAGGCGGCCUUCGCCCAGCCCAGCGCGGCUCGGCAGCUGGCGGAGGCGUGGUGCCGCCGCGCCUGGAGCCGCGGAGCGAGGCUGCGCGGUGCCUACGCCAGGUAUCGCUCGGGCCUCACGCUGAGCCAGCGGUGCGUCACCGACAGCAUGCGGAGGUGCGAGGUGUACUGCCUCCGCAGCUGGCUGGCGGCGCAUGCGGGCCUGCCGUCCGCGCUGGGGUGGGCGCGGGCGGCGGCGUCGCAGGGGCACAGCGGCGGCGAGGGCAGCGCCGCGGGCGAGGGCGUCGAGCGGCGCCGCGGCGCAGGCGGAGACACCGUCGUCGUGUCGUUCGGCCUGGCCAUCGACCUCAUCUGA